GUUUGCUGGCAGGAAUUGUACAACUUACAGAACAAAUGAAAAGUACAAAAGACAGCCAUAAUGUUUCCUUCUUUGAUGCUGCUAAGUCUGCUGGUUACACAAAUGCUAAGGGGGAUUUGUCUGAAGUUUCUCUCAAAAAAGGAACUUAUUCUGCUUUCGUCAAGUUGCACAUAGAGCAAGGUCCCAUUCUAGAAAAAGGUGUUUCAAUUGGUGUUGUGACUGCGAUUGCCGCUCCAGCAAGCAUCAAAGUAACAUUUGAAGGUAGUGGAGGCCAUGCAGGAGCUGCACUGAUGCCGGAAAGAAAUGAUGCUGGACUGGCAACUGCAGAGUUGGCUCUAGCCGUGGAGAAACAUGUGCUGAAUUCAGGAUCCGUUGACACUGUUGGUGAACUAUUAGACUGCCUCCGCGACCCUUCAGGAAUGACGAUUGCUAUGCUUCUGGAGUCAAUUGCUGCUAAGAAUCAUUGAUGCACGGGCUCCAGUGCUGAGUUAAUGUAUGUCCUGGAACCAACGAAGAAGGCUGCGGCUGUCAAGUUAAUUGAUGACUGAUUAAUGAUCUUGUUUCUAUGUACGGAUACUACUACUAUCAUUUUUCACGCCUAGCAAGUUAAUUGAAGACGGAAUAAUGAUCUGUUUCUAUGUUGAUAUGACAAAGAAAAUAUAUACGCAGGAUACAAAAAUGCAUGUUUGUGAUGAAAAAAAAGAUGAAUAUCUAUUACAAAAGGUAUGUUAUUACUUUAUAGCAAAAUUAUUAUACUUUUUGAAAAGUUUAGAUUUAAACACCUACAAAUGCAACAUAUAAUUACCUCAAAAAGCUCAUCACCUCCCUUGUUUUGUGCACCUUCAAACAGAGAGUCCUAAUGAAAUAUAGUAACGUCAUUAAAAUAAAAUUUAUAAUUUUUAUAGAACUUGAGAUUUAUAUUUCUUUAUAAGAAGUAGCACUUAAGUGUAUUUUUGCUUGUAUAUAUUAGAUUCCUUCACCAUGACCUUAAACAUGAGUUUUUUUUUCAACGAUAUCAUCCAAUUCACUUGGAUACGAACAAUCAUCAUCAUCAAUUAAGCCCUCCUUUAGCUCUUUUGCAGUUUUCCCCAUAAGUUGCACAGCUUCACGGUUCCAAAGUAAUAGGGUUAUAAGACCAGUUCCAUCCAUUACAUGAACUUGUAGCCUAUACCUGAAAUUCAUUCUUUAUCAUGUUAACAAAAUAAAGUUUUUUCUUAAGAAAAACUCAUGUAGGAUUGUAAUAACCUGUGAACAACUUUUUCCUCUGAAUUGCAUUUUGGACAAAAAAAAAUGAGUUUCCAUCUUGUUCAACCUUUAUAAUACACUUGUUGCAAGCCAUGUUUGACCAACCAUGAUCAAGAUCAAAACAAACAACUUUUGCAGCAAUCCAAUAGCUAGCUUCCUGUUUGAUAGAGAAAAUAUUGUUAUAAUAUUUAAACACAUUGUGUUAAGUUAAUCGUGUAUGAAAAAGUUUAUUCAACUCACUUUUGUGCAUAGAAUCAAAUCAUUGAUAUAUUUAAAAGGUACAAUUCCUUUGGCUAACACAUCUGUGAUAGAAUGACACUGUUGAGAACUUGUCGAACUUAUGGAUCAAAUUUUGAUCAUAUUUUCAAUCUGCCAUAUAUGUGUAUUUAAUGUUGUAGCUUUAACAUAAAGUAAAACAAAUUUAUAUAUUGCACAUUAGUUAAAACAAUUAGUUAGAAAAGCCUUUUUUUAGACUGAAAUUAUGUUUUAAUUAAGGCUUAGAUGGAGUUGUAAAGAUCUUCAUUUGUGUUGUAUGUGCAUUUAUUAAAAUGAUUGUUUGUUCUCAACGAUUAGUAGAUGUGGUAGUGCCACAAAUUGUAAUGUAAAAAAGAAAAUAAGGCAUGCUUAUCAUUUUCUAGCACAAUAUUUAUAAAUACACUAUUACUGUC